ACGAGCUGGGUGGAACAGGAAGCGAAGCCGGAAGACGAACUUUGCUUUGGAUGAUUUCAGAAGAGUAGAAAAGUUGCUCUCUAUCAGUCUGCAUUUUUGCGGUUUAUUAGUUAUCUCCUGAAGCCAUCAACAAAGAUGACAUUGCAAUGGACUGCUGUGGCCCUCUUUCUCUAUGUGGAGAUUGGCAUCCUUGUCAUCCUCUGUUUACCCUUCAUCUCUGCCAGGAGGUGGCAGAGUAUUUUCCAGCUGAGGAUCUGGAGCUUUGUGGCAAGGUUCUGGAACAAAGUGUUUCUCACCAUGAUCAUAGUACUUAUUGUUCUCUUCCUUGACGCUGUCCGUGAAGUGAGGAAGUAUUCACAAAAAGAACUUGGCACAGAUUCCAAGCUGCAGCCGAACAUGUUUGACCACCUGCACAUGAAGCUUUUUAGAGCCCAGAGAAACCUCUAUAUCUCUGGCUUUGCUGUCUUUCUCUGGCUAGUUAUGAGGCGAGUGAUCACCUUGAUUAACCAGCUGGCAGCCAUGUCUGGGACUACAGCUGCUCUUCAGGCACAGGCUGACAACGCUAACCAGACUGCCAAGAAAUACAUGGAGGACAAUGAGCUGCUGAAACAGACUCUGAUGGAAGGGAAGGGUGAUAAGGCCACUUCAGAGGGCAUGGAGCUGUUGAGAAAGGAGGUGGAGGCACUGAGAGAAGAACUUAAGACUGCAGGAGAUGCCCUGAAGAAGUCCGAGUCAGAGGCAGAGGGGAUGAAGAAGCAGACGGAGGGCCUGGCCAGGGAGUACGACAGACUGCUGAAAGAACAUCAGGAACUCCAGAAUCUUCAAGAUAGUGGAAGCAAAAAGGAUGACUAGUUAGUGUAAAAUGUUUAAAAGUUAAAGUGUUUACACAUCAACUCACAAGAGAGCCACUCCAACACAUGCUUUGCCCUCAUAUAUCACCUUGUGUCAACAUACAUAUCACAAAAUCACAGUUGGCUCCUCAGAAGUACAGAGUUUUGGCUGAUAUCAGUAACAGUUCUAAAGCGUGGAGGUGAACCAAACUGGUUUAAAUUGGAUGAGUAAUAUUUUGUGUUUCCCUGUUUCUGCCUGGCACAGUGUGACUAAGAGGAUUGCUUUUUUUUUUUAAGUUCACACUCUAUCAGGCAGAUUAACUGUGCAAGGUAUUUGGAAAGAAUUCAGUCAGUAAUUGACCCAGGUCUGAUCACAGAGCACUUGAUAUGUUAAAGAAAUUUUCAACUAGGAUGGGUGUUUGUUUUAUGGUAUUUGUCUCAGCCCGGUGCACCAAGUGGAAGAUUUGCGAAAAGCUAGUGCACUCUGUUGCUGUGGCAAACAGCUAUGAAUGUAUUUUGAUACUAAAGAUUUACUUUAGCAGGGACAUGUGUUCUUCACACUUGCAGCUUAAAUACAGUAUGUAAAUGUAGCCUGUGCUUGCAUGGCUGUGCAAAUACAGUUUGCAUGUACAUUUGCACUUAGACAAAUCAUCUUCAUGUUUUCCAGCUGCUGUUCUGUACUGUUCUGUUUUAACAGUAGUAGUUGUGGUGAAUGUUAAUGGUUGGACAGCAUCAGGCAUCCAAGUGUUUUUUUUUUCUGGUUUCCUUCUUAAUUUUAACAUGUAAAUGUCAAUGAAAAUCUUCCGUAAAAUAUCAAAUAUAAGUAAAACAUAGGGAUGAAAAAAUUUUGAGCUUACUUAGGCUUUUAAUAACAGAUUCUUGUUAAUGGCCACAGAAGUCCACAUUCUUUUAUACGUGCUGCACUGCGUGUUUAUUUUUCUGGUUAGCGCACCAGUUGCACUGGCAGCUGUUCUGUAUGAAAAAGUGCAGUAUGGUUUUUCUUAUAUUUCCGUUAUCCAGACAAAGCGAUGUCACUGUGAAAGAGAAGCUGAGACUAUAAUCACCAGUUAGUUCAAUGUUUCCCACUUCUUCGUGCUAAAGCGGUUCUUGCAUGGGUUUACCACAUUUACUGUUCAGGUCAUAAAACUGCAAGAAUGCCUCUUCAAGUUGUUUUCAUGUAUUUCUGUCAGACAGAAAUUAGAAUGAAGUGCCUUGUGGUUGGAUGCAGUACAUGUUGUUUAAUAAAGAUCUGUUUCUUUAUUCUUGGCCUUGUUUACAGUGUUUAAACUUGCACUUAAUGAAGCACCUUGAAUAAAUAACACCAACACAUCA